AUGUCAGGAGGACAUUACUCCUUGGAUACCUCCGAGGUGGAGGAACAUCAACUGCAAGGAAAAACCAACUACAUCGAAUGGCGACGAUACUUUGAUCGUGCCGCCAAAGGCCAUGACCUUUGGUCCCUUGUCACCACAGAAAGUGUUCUGAAGGAACCAAAAGAAGAAGACUACAUUGCCUACUUCGAUGUUCCAUACAAAGGACCUUCCACACGAAAAAAGGGCGAAGCUCUGCGAGACGAUGAACUCAAAAUCGACAGCAACAAAAGCUUUUUCCUCUGGCAGGCAGCCUAUCGUCGCUGGGAACGACAGAAGGAGCGAGUUAGACUUGUUCGCAGACUCAUUGCAAAGUCCGUUGUGUCUUCCAUCGCCAACGAAAUUGAGGAUAUGGCCUCUCCACUACAACAAGUCAACCACAUCAAAAACACAUAUGGAGUGACAGACGAAUAUGCUCGAUCUGUGCUACUUGACAAAAUCACUGCACUGAAGCUCUCGCACUGUAGCUCCAUGAGCGACUACAUCAAUCAACACCGAGACCUGAAGACAGACCUCGUUAGGGCUGGCCUCCCUUACAGCGAUUCGCAAAUGGCCACAAACCUCAUUCAUGGUCUACCCAAGUCCUACAAUGACUUCACCAAACUCUGGAAUUUUCAUCGAUCUCAAGCUAUCGGAACCGAACCAGACAUCCAUUUUCUUCUUGAUCGACUCCUGAAUGAAGAAGCUUCUCAUGAGCAGGAGAAAUCUGGUGGAAACAAAAACAAGGGGGGCACAGCUCCCAAAAACAACAAGGUCUGUACUCACAAAGACUGCGGCAAGCCAGGCCACGAAGAAAAAGAUUGCUGGAUUGCCCAUCCAGAGAAGAUGCCUCAGCGCAUCAAAGACAAACAAAAGGAAAACUCUUCCUCUGGUGAUACACCAAACAAAUCAUCUAACAAACAACCUGACAAACCAAAAGGCAUUGUGGCAAUGGCCAAAUCUGCCGGCGCCCUUCAUGACGCCAUGGUAUCACACACAUCCAACAGCAGUAUGUUCUCCUCCUACCCCACCGACCUUUCCCCAGCUGAUAGCUCUCCACAGCCUGAAUCAGAUGGGAAUGAGUUGGGAUGUGGGAGUGGGGAACUACUAUUGGGAAACACAACUGUUAGGAUAGAACGGAGAUUAUCUGCACUCCUUGCCGAGGGCGGUGUAUUUUCGGACCGAGAUACUAUUCUUCUAGAUUCAGGAGCAGAUAUCUGCAUCUUUAAUGACAAACGAUGGUUUUCAUCCAUCAAACCCCUAGACAUAUCCGUGUCAUCUGUCGAAAACACUCAGUGCCUUCAGAUUGAAGGAGGUGGUUCUGUUACUAUCUCACUUGUGACCACUGACGACGAUGUCAUGCCUCUAACAAUACUCGAAGCUGCUUACGCUCCCUCUGCCAAGUACAACAUCGUCAGCAUGUCCUAUCUUGCAAAAAGGGCAAAAAUUUGCGGAAAAUGGAAUGAGUCCUGUGUUACUCUUGAAUAUGACGGCUGUGAAGUUGGUCAAGCAUUACUGAUUGAUGGUCUCUAUCAUCUAUCUGUGAAACCCUCUCUACCAGCUCAAACUGCAUUCGUUGGCAGUAUCAAUUAUGAUCACCCUGUCUGGAUCUGGCACAGACGACUGGGUCAUCUUAGUCUCCAGAACAUGGUGAACCUACUUGAUGUCUCAAACGGGAUUCCCCUUACGAAACAACAAAUCCGUGCCCAGAUGAUGCACAUUUGCCCUAUUUGUGCGACGUCACGAGCUCUGCUUCACAUUCCUCGUGACCCUGCCACGCGACGACAAAAGAACUUCGGUGGACUUAUUCAUGUGGAUAUCUGGGGACCCUACUCUGUUGAAGGUUAUGAUGGUUCCUUCUAUUUCUUCUUUAGCACUGACGAUGCUACACGCUGGACGACUGCGAAACCUAUGGUGAGAAAAUCGGAUCUUCUCACAGUCUUCCGAGACAACCACUAUCAACUUGAAGUGGCGUAUGGCAUUGUUGUUCGAUGUUACAGAUUUGACACUGAAUUCGCCAACGGACCAGUAGGGAAAUGGCUCAACAAAAAGCAUAUACCCUUUGAACCUACAGUACCCUAUGCACACUACAUGGGAGGGACACAUGAACGUGUGAACCGUAUCAUUCGCGAAAAGGCUGCUCCAAUGAUUCAGGAGCAAUCUAUCUCAGGACAACUGACAAAGAUAAUCACUGGAAAAGCUUUGGAGACUAUACAAGAAACCAAACUACCAGAAAAUCUCUGGGUUGAGGCUAUGAGAUAUUCCGUGUGGUUGAAAAAUCGCUCCCCUACUCGAGCUCUGAAAAAUAAGACAACCCCUUGGGAGGCAGUCUAUGGCAUCAAGCCUAUUUUUGGACGUGAGUCUAUCUGGGGAAGUCGUAUCUAUGUCACGUUGCCGCCUGAGACUGACCGAGUUGGAAAACCUAAACUUCACCAUGCUCGCGGUUGGGUUGGAUAUUUUGUUGGAUGCGACAGUGAGUCAAUCUACAGAAUCUACUCCGACGAACAUCACCGUGUAUUCCGGGUUGGCGUUGGCCGAAUCCAACAAGGACAGGGUGUUGAAGAUGAGCACGAUGGACUAUCAUACAAUGACAGGGUUGGUCGCGAGGGAUCUCAAAUCCCUACCAUCCCUUCUCCUUCCUCUAUACAGGAGGAACCUUCUCAGGACAACCAACCUGAUGAUCAAGCUAUUGAUGACUUCUGGCAUGAAUCUGACUCUGACAGAUCAGACCUAGCAAACCCCUCAGAACACGCUUGUGAAGACGACUGGGAAACCGAUGAAGAGGAGGAAGGAGAUGAACAUCACGAGCCCCACGGACAGAGCUCAGAUAAAAAUCUACCUGACAACCCUCCAUCCUCAGAAUCAUACCAUUCCAGCGAUAACAAUGUGUUUGAGAAGUCAAAGUACUUUGCAGCAGUCUUGCAACUGCCUCAGGACUAUAAACCCCCAGACUCAUCCGAUGAAUCGGAUACCGAACAACACAAUGACAAAUCUCAAAUUGUCAAGAGAGAAAUGAGACUUCUCGCUCCAGGUACUGAAAUCCUCGAUGAACCAUGCUACUUCUGUUAUGUCUACGGACGGAGAUGUGUGUGGACCAACGUAGCUGAUACUCACAAAUGCGACAACUGCGCCAAAAAUACCAAGAGAUGCUGGAUUCCUCAGCAUGAUCAUCCAGACAUAGUUAAACAAAGAGCAGAGCAACUCGAAAAACGGAAGCUAUAUAAGAGAAGACAUACUGAAAAGGCAGCUCUAAAGCGGGGUAAACGUGCAACUGUUCGCUUCCGAGGAGUUCACUCCUCUAAGAAGUGCUUCCGAUGUUUCAGGCGAAACGCUGGGUGUGAUGGAAAAAUACCCUGCCAAAGGUGCAGCGCUGGUGGCUUUAAAUGCAACUCACAAGAAACAAUGUCAAAGCCACCCUGCAGGGAAUGCAAGCGAACCAGAAAAGGUAGACAAUGUGAUCGAAAAGGACCCUGCAAUAUGUGUGUCGCAGCUGGCAAAAAUUGCGUGUACAUAGUGCAACAGGGUCUCAUGGAAAAGUUUUACCCGGUCACACAGGCUGCUAAAGACAAGUUCAAAUCAUACAGCGAAGAUUCAUGUCGAUGGUGUAUUGUUACUCCUAGUGCCCGCUGUGAUACGGAACAACCAUGCCGACUCUGCGUUAUGGCGUGCGCCAGGUCAACCUACACCAGAUGCGUUUAUCGACGAGAGGAUCACCUUGAAAAGUACAGUGCUUCGGCCUUUAUGCUUGAUAGCAAUGGUCGAGUUGUUCUGAAGGAAAACUGGGAAGAUUUUACCAUCAACAAGAUCAACGCUCUACUUGCAAAGAACUGGGACAAGAAGAAAAAUACUCCAUUAACCGAAAAGCAUCUUCAUUCCUCCAUUACACUUAAUGCUGACGCUGACACUGCCACUGUCACUGUUCCUGAGUAUGUCAAUAUAAUCCCUACGGAAGUGGGAAAUCUGGAGUGCGGUUUUUACUCCCUUGUCAAUAGUAUCACCUCCCAGAUUCCACAACAUCCACCGCCUACUUUUCAAGAACUACGAGACAUCUUCAGUGGUCCAGAAAUGACAAGCAGGAAUGAAGCUGCUGGUCUUCAUAAUUCCAACAAUCUGACAGCAGAUCAAGUCGCAGGAGUUCUCCAAAUCUGGGGUAGCAGUAGAAAUCUGAGCUUACAACUCGGAGUGCUUAUUGAUGGUGGGGAACACCUUAUUAUCCGAGGGCCUGAAAAUUCCCGAACGAUAUGGAUCCACAAUGACAACGCGAACGAGAGUAACCCCGACACCUUCAACCACUACUCAGGUGUAGACAUUCCAACUCACGCACAAAGUGACAACAAUCUGUCUGACUCAGACUCACACUCUGAUUUUCAACCGGAAAAUGAUAUUGACGACGACAUUACCUUUUUCUCCUCUAACAAACAUGUUCUUCACGUGCAGAAGGACCUCGCAUCUGAACCCGAACCCACGACAUAUGCCGCUGCCAUGAAAUGCGCUGAGAGCAGCCACUGGGAGCGUGCCAUUUACGCUGAGAAACAAAGUCAUGACGAAAACGGAACUUUCCUCAUAGUUGACCUAUCGGAAAUCCCGGAAGAAUGCGUGCCACUGCACUCGCGAUGGGUCUUCAAGAAGAAACUCAAUCAAUUCGGAGUGAUCAAAAGAUACAAAGCGAGACUUGUCAUUAAAGGAUACGCACAGAGAGAAGGAAUAGACUACGAAGAAACCUUCAGCGCAGUCAUCAAAGCCACUUCAUACAGAAUUCUCUUUGCACUUGCUGCCCGUCUGGGAUGGAAAAUCUUCAUGAUGGAUGUUGUUACAGCCUUCCUGAACGGAAAAGUCAAGGAGAAGAUUUUUAUGAAGCCACCGCCUGGUUGGAAGUUGCCAAAAGGAAAAGUCUUACAAGUCGUCAAAAGCCUUUACGGACUGAAGCAAGCACCGAGAGUGUGGUACGAGAAACUCUGUUCUGAGAUUGCAAAGUGGGGGUUCCGAAAGUCAUCCUAUGAUGCAUGUGUCUUCAUUCACGACGAAUGGCGAAUCGUGAUGGGUGUCUGGGUUGAUGACUGCAUCAUUUUGGCCCCAUCAGAUGAAAUCGCCACCAAGCUGAGAAUGAAACUUGAAGAUUCCUUUCAAAUGAAGGACGAAGGACUCUGUGAGUGGUAUCUUGGCAUGCACGUUCUCCAAGAUGAAAAUGGUGUUACGAUCCAUCAGGAGAAAUAUAUUAAUCAGAUGCUUCGACGCUUUGACCUGGACAACAUCAAAUCUAAGUCUACUCCACUGACUGCUGGGCUUUCUCUGACAAAAAACCCUGUUUCCGAGAGUAAUGAGGAUCUUAUCACCGACUAUCAACAGAAAGUCGGAUCGCUGGUUUAUCUGGCAGGACAAUCUCGUCCAGACAUCUGCUUUGCUGCAAAUUUCUGCGCUAGAUAUAUGUCAAACCCAUCAAGAGAUCAUCAUGAAGCUCUGAAUGAGAUAUUUGCCUAUCUCAAACGAACGGCAAAAACUGGAUUCCGAUACCGCAAGGGAGAUGGGUCGCUGAACUUGGUUGGAUUCGCAGACUCUGACUUCGGCGGAUGCCUUGACUCACGACGGUCGACUACUGGGUGGAUUUUUCUGCUUGGAAAUGCCCCUAUCUCCUGGUCAUCACAGCGACAAAAGACUGUGGCCUUGUCGACAACUGACGCUGAAUACGUCGCCGCAUCAGAGGCGGCCAAGGAAGCUAUAUGGAUUAGGGGAUUCGUCAACGACCUUCGACUCCUGCCUAGUCUUGAAGCAGUUACCCUCUAUGUUGACAAUGAAGGAGCACGAAAACUAUCAAGGAACCCAGAAUUUCACAACAGAACCAAGUACAUUGACAUUCGUCAUCAUUUCAUCCGAGAAAGGGUUGAAUCAGGCGAACUUGAUACUCAAAGAGUUGAUACACUCUACAAUAUUGCGGAUUUGCUCACCAAGCCCUUGGGAAGAGUCCGUCUUCAACAACUCACUGCUAUGAUGGGCAUGAUCGAACUGGACAAGGACGGAAAUCAGGGGGGGUCAGAAGAACCUGACCAGAAGGAUCUUACGGACGAGGAAGUCUCUGGAAAUGACUCGUAG